CACUUCUGUACGUGCGCGAAGUGAGCAGUAGUUUUUCUGUGAUCUUUUCCUAUGACGUUGUUGUGGUAGAGGAUUUGUUUUUGGAAAAGAAUGUAAUUUGUUUGUUGACAGCAGUUCAAAGUAUGGAACCGUUUGACUUGGAUUUGCUGAAGGAAGGAAGCUGGAGCAAUGUUUUGUUCAGCUUGAGGCGUUACUCAGCUCAAGGAUACAAAUUCGCCCGAACGAGAACUCCUCAAGAGAUUAAGUCAGAUGUUCUGAGCUCCAGGAGAGUUCAGCAUGUUAUCGAAAAGACUACUGAGGAAAGAAAUACAACAGUUGAAAACAUCACUGAUGAAGUAAAAGCAAUUCUAGAAGAGAUGGGUCAUAACUUCAAUCUUAAUAGCAUCAGGUUAAUGGCUAUGAUGUUGCGUAAAAUACUUUGCACACUUUUCCGCCGAGUUCUAAUCAAUAGGGAAGGCCUAGAGAGGUUACGAGAUGCUCCAAAGAACAACCCAGUUGUAUUUAUCCCUUCUCAUCGCAGCUACAUGGAUUUUCUUCUUGUGUCAUUCAUCUGUUUCACUAUGGACAUUCCAUUGCCUUUUAUUGCAGCUGCUGCAGAUUUCAUGAACAUGCGGGUCAUCCGCACAUUGUUCAGAAACAGUGGAGCAUUUUACAUGCGUCGUUCUUUCAUGUCAGACCCGUUAUAUUGGGUUGUGUUCACAGAGUACAUACAGAAUCAACUUCAGAUUGGGGAUCAACCUCUAGAGUUCUUUUUAGAAGGAACAAGAAGUCGAACAGGAAAAUUUCUGCAACCUAAACUUGGUGUCCUUUCCAUGGUAGUGGAUGCCUACACAAAUGCUCGUGUGCCAGACAUUAUAAUUUGUCCGAUCAGUAUAAGUUAUGACAGAAUUCUGGAAGAAUCACCUUAUGCUUAUGAGCUUCUGGGAAUACCCAAACCAAAGGAAUCGCUCAGAGGUUUGAUCAGAAGCAGAUCUGUCCUGACAGAGGACUAUGGAAGUAUUCAUGUUCACAUUGGAGAGCUUAUACCACUGAGUAGAUUCACAGAAGGAAAAAUUAACAGGGCAGAUAAUGCAGCUAUACCAAGACAUUUGUUUCAUUAUUUGUCCAAUGAAGAGAAGAAAGUGGUAAAGUCUCUGGGAUACAAAGUGCUGCAUGAUCUACAGAAAGGAAUGAUUCAUUCUCCUAGUGUUCUUGUGGCUUCCAUUAUGCUACAAAACUUACAAGGACUCCAUUUUGAUGAGCUGUUAGAAAAAUUUACCUGGUUGAGAGAGUUGUGUCACUUGUGGAAUAUUUCCAUCAAGUCUGCAGGUAACACGGACAGUGUAGUUUUGGUAAACGAGAGUAUUGAUUUCUUAAAAUCGUCUUUGGAGAAAACCAAGGAGGGAUUUGUGAAAAUCCGAGACAUAACCACAAAUGCAAUUGAAGGAGCCAGUUCUUCAGGGCAAGGUGCAAAGGAGCGCGAACACCUCGCCAAGUCCGUAAGAAAUGUCAAAGAUGAGGCAGCCAUACACAUGAUGUUAGCGUGUAAACGAAAUGUUAUUUUGUGUGAUUUCUUCAGAACUGGCUUGUUUUCCUUAUGUGCGUACAAACAGCCUUCUUCAGAAAAGCACUUAGUUCAACUGUUUGCUGAUUUUGAAUUUUUGAUGAAACUGCUGGUGAAAGAAGUUCCUCCAGUCACUGAACAAAUUCUCGAGAAUUUUGAGUACUUUCGGGAGACUGUUCAGUCACUAGAACACCAUGGCUCCAUAAAUAAUCGAAAUGGGAAAGUAAAGAUACUUCAGGAGAAGGACAUAGCUUUCAGUGCGAACAUAUGGAGACCUAUUUUGACAGCGUACUGGAUUACAUGUCAGUUUUUUGCCAACUACCCUGAUAGAAAUCGCGAACGACCACUGUCAGAGAUGGUAAAACAAAUUCAGAACAAGGCAGCUGAGCUUGUGCUCACUGGUGAUGUGAAGUUCUACGAGGUCCUUUCGCUUGAUUUGUUAAGGAAUUCUGUUAUGGCUCUGGUCGAUUUGCGGGUCGUUGAUGCAUCUAAAAGCGUUGAUGGCGCUGUUGUUGUUUCAGUUCCAAGCAGUUCAAAGGUCACGGAAACCUUGCACAAAAUAGGCGAAUAUCUCGACCUGCCAUGUUCGACUUUGACUUUGACCUUGCCUCAAUUAUCAAAGCUGUGAGCGAAAAGUGCUUAACAAGCAGUAAUAAUGACAGCGAUUUGCAACAGGAGCUAAAGAUGGAAACAACAAGAUACCUCUGGAGUCAAUACUUGAACUAAAUGCUUCCAAGUUUUCUUUAACCCCCCUCUCUCUCUCUUUCUCUCACUCCCUCUCUCUCUCUCUCUCUCUCUCUUUCUCUGUCUGGCCCCCAAGAGUCACUGGCACCUUACAAUAUCACCCCUUAAUCAAACAGUGAGGUCAGGGGAAUAAAGCAAAUGAUCACCAUUAGAAGAAGCUUUUGGUUGUUAGACGAAUUCUCCUUGUCAGCACCUCAGGAUAUGUAUAGACAACAGUAUGGAGAAUAUGCAUAUUGAUGUUAGGGUGUAUGGGGUUAGAAGACUGGUGCUCCCUCACCCAUGAUCAAGUGAGAAUGAUGCUAAAAGUCCUUUUUGAUUGCCGUUUUAUCCAACUGGCGUAAAAGGAAAAAAAUUAAAUUUGCAGUGAGCUUUUAAAAAAAGAGCAAUUGCACAAACAAUUGAGCUUUGGAGUUGAAAUGCACUUACCACUCCUUCCUCUGUAGAAAACCUAUUUUCAUUAUCUCAUUUUUCUAUUUUCAUUAUCUCAUUUUUCUAUUUUCAUUAUCUCAUUUUU